AUGCAUCCGACGCGUCCCGGAGCAUCCCCCCCUCCGUACUCGGGCAGUGCCAGUGCCGGUGCCACUGCCAGUGCUUGUCCAACACCCGAUACCUUGCUGCCUGGAUCUGCGUCCCGCCGUAGGAAGCGUGUCGACUCGAUCCCCUCACUACCGCUGGCCUUUUCGGCGUCGGCACUCAACGCGAAGCGGCAUAAGACACAAUCGGGUGCGGAGUCCAACACAGAGACGAUGAAUGCCAAGACACAGGGCAAGCGGCCCGAGGUGGUGGACUUGACAGGGCCUGGAGCGCAGUGGGGCACGACCAACACGGCUGCGGCGGCGCGCAAGUCCAUGGCCUCGGCAACGGCACCGACGGCGUUCCAGCCACACACGGGCGCGCGGAAGCUGGUGAUCAAGAACCUGCGGGUGUCGGCGCCCGCACGGGUGGAGCAGGUGCAGAGCUACUACGACCGCACAGGCGCCGACAUUGACGCGGCGCUGGCAUCCAUCUUCGCCAACGAGACACCGCGUGUGCCGCUGGAGCGGCUGUACCGCGGCGUCGAGGAUCUCUGCACGCACGGCCAGGCCGAGCACCUCUACAAGCGGCUACGAGCGCAGUGCGACGCACACUUGACGGGGACCGUGCUGGCUGGCAUCCGGGCGGAGACGCUCGGCGCGUCCGACAUUGCCACGCUGCGGGCGGUGCAUACGCAGUGGCUCGUGUGGGUGAAGCAGUCGUCUGUGAUUCGGUCCGUGUUCAGCUACCUCGACCGGGCGUUUCUGGUCAACGAGCGGUCGUUGCCGCAGAUCAACGACAUGCUGAUUGCACGGUUCCGCCGCAUGGUCUUUGACAGCGCCAAGAAGAGCAGCGACGCCAAUGCAACAGCCGGCUGCGCUGCCCCGGAGGGCCCUGGCAACAAGGUGCUGGCGGGCAUGUGCCAACUGGUCGAACAGGACCGACGCAGUGACGCUGCCUUUGAUGCAGCCCUCCUGCGCAACGCCGUCAGCAUGCUGCACAUUUUCAACAUGUACGGCACGCUCUUUGAGCCGCUGUUCUUUAAGGAGUCCGAGGCAUUUGUGCGCGACUUUGUCCAGGAGCGCGAGACGGCCGCCGACCUGCGGCAGUACAUCAAGGCAUGUGCGGCGCUGCUGGUGCGCGAGUCCGACCGCUGCAACGCCUUCAACUUUGACAGCUCCACGAAGAAGCAGCUCCUCAAUACGGUCGAGCGGCUGCUGAUUGUCGACCGCGACGCCAAGCUGCUCGACCAGGAGAGCGUGGCCAAGCUGCUCGACGCCAACGACGUCGACACGAUGCGCUCCCUGUAUUUGCUGCUGCAGCUGCCCGGCCUGCAGCGACGGCUGCGCACGCCUUGGGAGGCGUACAUCGAGGCCACGGGCACGGGCAUCGUCACGGACGUGGCGCGGGGCGACGAGAUGGUGGUGCGCCUGCUGCUGCUGCGGCGCAGCUUGGACGUGAUGAUCCGCGAUGCGUUUACGCGCGACGACUACUUCACGCACGGCCUGCGCGACGCCUUUGGCCGCUUCAUCAACGACCGCGCCGUGACAAAGGCUUGGGCGUCGGGCGCGUCCAAGGUGGGCGAGAUGGUCGCGAAGCACAUUGACAUGCUGCUGCGCGGCGGCCUCAAGACGCUGCCGCCCACGCUGCUGUCGGACAACAAGGACCGCAUCGACGCCGAGCGCAGCGGGCAGGCGAGCACGGGCGACGAGGACGCCGAGCUGGACCGCCAGCUGGACCAGGCCCUGGAGCUGUUCCGCUUCAUCCAGGGCAAGGACGUCUUUGAGGCGUUCUACAAGAAGGACCUUGCGCGCCGCCUGCUGAUGGGCCGCAGCGCGUCGCAGGACGCCGAGCGCAACAUGCUGAGCAAGCUCAAGACCGAGUGCGGCUCGUCGCUGACGCACAACCUCGAGCAAAUGUUCCGCGACCAGGAGCUGUCGCGCGACGAGAUGGCCGCGUACAAGCAGUGGCUGGCCGGCACGGGCCGGACGGACGACACAACAUCGUCGCCCCCCACCACAGCCACCAGCAAAGGUGUCGAUUUGCAGGUCAGCGUGCUUUCGGCGGCGGCUUGGCCGUCGUACAAGGAGGUUGCGCUCAACCUGCCGCCCGAAGUGCUCGAGCAGGUCAACCAGUUUGACAAGUACUACAAGAACAAGCACACGGGCCGCCAACUGACGUGGACGCACACCCUCGGCCACUGCCUCGUCAAAGCCCGCUUCAACCGCGGCACCAAGGAGCUGCUCGUCAGCAGCUUCCAGGCGGCCGUGCUGCUGCUGUUCAACCAAGCCGAGGCAGACGAGGACGGCGGCGGCGGCGUGCUCAGCUAUGCACAGAUUGGCGAGGCCACGGCGCUCGAAGGCCCCGACCUCAAGCGCACGCUGCAGUCGCUGGCCUGCGGCAAGGUGCGCGUGCUGACUAAGCACCCGAAGGGCCGCGACGUCGGCGAGACAGACACGUUUACCGUGAACAAGGCGUUUACGGACCCCAAGUUCCGCAUCAAGAUCAACCAGAUUCAGCUCAAGGAGACCAAGGAGGAGAACAAGGCCACGUACGAGCGCGUGUCGGCCGACCGCCAGUUUGAAACGCAGGCCGCCAUUGUGCGCAUCAUGAAGAGCCGCAAGUCGCUGCCGCACGCGCAGCUGGUGGCCGAGGUGAUCAGCCAGACAAAGAGCCGGGGCUCCCUCGACCCAGCCGACAUCAAGCAGAACAUUGAGAAGUGA